GAGCGCGUACCAAUGGAAUAUCGUAGCACACAGAUCAUCUUUUAACGCAAGCUUGUAUUUGCAAAAAAAUCCAUUACUUCUUACCAAAGUUCAAAAGUAUCUGACGCUACGAGUAAUUAUUAUUCUCGGGUUUUCCCGUUUCGUUCGAUCAUUUCUACGUGCUUCCCGGCACCUCCACGCACCUCUGCUCUUCUCUCCUUCUUUUAUUGUCGUAUCGCUAUUAAGCCUUGCUCGUUCGUACGUACGAAAAUGGAGUAGUGGAAAUGAAUACGGCGAAAAAGGGGCACGCUAUAAGGAGGAGGAACAAGGAUGAAUAGGCAGUUCGAGGAAAUGGGUCAAUAUAAUCCGAGUUAACGAGCACAUCGGGAUUUCCGCAGAAGGACUUUGAACGCGGACAAACAUUUCUCGUUCGAAUUCGCGCUGUUAAUAAAUAGUUACUCGUUCACGAUAAAAAUAGUUACACGACACGAUACCGGUGUCCUUAAAAAAAUCAGUGCUCGUGAUAUCGUCGGUUGUAUAACGUGAUUUAAAAAUUUUUUUUUAAUUUUUUAAUUUUUUUAUUGAAAUUGAUCCAUUUUGCAUGGAACACACGUAACGUUCGAGUUUCAUUUGUAUUGUGAAGUGUGUUCUUUCGCAAUUUAGGGUGCGCGCGACAGUGUAACAUUAUGCACCGUAGUAGCGCGAGUGCGUGUGAACUUUCAGUGUUUACGAAGUAAUUUUCUCCUUUGGGACAGAAACAAAGUUUUCUCUGUUAAGAAAAUUCUUAAUUCAUGCGGUAUUUCGCCCAGUGAUUUAAACAUCGAAACAAGAGAAGAUAAGAUAGUUCGAAACAUCACGAGAGCAGGACUCUCGAAGUUAUUUACAAUUUACGAUAGGUUAAAAAAUGCAUAGGAUAAAUAAAGCUUCGUUUUGAUAAAUUUUGUGGCUGAAGUGAGUUCUCACAUUCGUGCGUGGUACAUGGUGGAAAUUUUGCGAAUUGAUUCAUUCAUCGUAGUCAUUCGUUCAUUAUUUUAAAAAUGGGCGGUCCGUCGAGACCGCACACUUUUGCCCCUUUUCUCCCUCUCUUCCUUUCUCUUCGCUUUUCCCUUCCUCAUGACGCGGUGUAUGCCAUUUUUGUGAAAUGGAUCGUUAGAGGUAAUUCGUUCGAAGGGGGGCAUUAGUGGCACAGACGCGGAGAGCGAAACGAGAACAAAAAUUAAUAAAGGAAGUGCAGAAAGAGAUCGCGCGCGGUCUUCAGACUGGAUUAAAACGAGGAGAAAGAGAAUAAUAUUAAUGAAAAAUAGCGUAAAGAGAUGCGAGGCUCGGAAAAAAGUGGCCUCCGUGUGAAAUUUAUAUCGAGUUUUUUUUUCUUUCUCCAUUGCUACCGAUCGUAGUUUAUCUUUUAUUCUUGCACAGCGUCGUAUCCGGGGAAAGAAAUUUUUGCAAAAACAAGCUUUUCCUUCCAAGAGAAUGGCACUGACGACGAGGAUAUCCCUUGGGAUUGGAGGUGCUCUCGUUGAACUGCCGGUGGAGAAAGUCGGUUGGGCGAAUCCCCUCGAGUUUCUACUAUCCUGCAUUGGGUAUGCCGUUGGUAUUGGAAAUGUUUGGCGUUUCCCGUAUCUUGUCUACCGUAAUGGCGGAGGGGUUUUUCUAAUACCGUUCGUAAUAAUGCUCCUCACAAUGGGACUGCCGAUAUUUUAUUUGGAGCUGUGCAUGGGCCAGUACACAGGCCUCGGACCUGUCGAAUCUUUUGGCAGAAUGGCACCGGCUUUUCGUGGAGUUGGAUGGUGCACGCUCCUCGUCAUCACUUUCGUCACCAUCUAUUAUAUGAUCAUCGUAGGCUGGACGCUGUUUUACACGUUCGCGUCUUUCUCAUCGCAGCUGCCAUGGGCUUACUGCAAUUACGACUUUAACUCGAAUAAUUGCUACAGCGGGAUCCAGGAUAUGGAAUGUCAGAGAGAAAACAGCACGACGAUCUUCUUCAAUAAAACAUGCUCGUCCAUCGACGAAGUAUGCGCCGGCUUCGGUUACCCCAAUGGCGGCAACGCGACGCAUUGUUACAAUGGUACCAACGACACGCUAGUAGGAGCCCUGUACAAGAGGGCCUUGUCAUCGGAGGAAUAUUUCACCGAUUAUGUUUUGGGGAUACGAGGCGCCACAUGGGAAAAUUAUGGUGGCAUACGAUGGGAACUCUUUGGUUGUGUAACUCUCGGAUGGAUAAUCUGUUACCUUUGCCUGGUGAAGGGCGUGCAAACGGUCGGAAAGAUCGUAUACUUCACAGCUCUCUUUCCAUAUUUUGUCCUGACAGCUCUUCUUAUCCGAGGUGCGACGCUCGAAGGUUCAAUCGAGGGUAUUAAGUGGUUUAUUUAUCCUACCGAUUGGUCGAAGCUUCUCGAAGUUAAUGUUUGGGGAGAUGCGGCCUCUCAAGUAUUUUACUCACUCGGUAUCGGCUGUGGAUCCCUCGUCACUCUUUCUAGCUUUAGUAACUUCACGAACAAUUGUCACAGGGAUGCUGUAUUCGUCACCCUUACAAAUCUCUUUACGUCAAUUUUCGCGGGUAUCGUUGUAUUCUCGAUAUUGGGUUACCUGGGACAGCAGUUACAUUUGCCGAUUCAGAACAUCACUGAGAGUGGUGCGAGCCUGACAUUUAUCGCAUAUCCCGAGGCGGUUGUGAGGAUGCCAGUGGCGAAUUUGUGGGCUGUUCUCUUCUUUUUCAUGCUCUUUAUACUGGGUAUCGGUAGUCAGUUCGCAGGUGUGCAAGCUAUAAGCACGGCAAUACUGGACAUUUGGCCGAAUUUGCGAAAGCGCGAGAGUCUCGUAAUACUCGGUAUAUGCGUUGUAUGCUGGUUACUCGGGCUUCCAAUGGUCUGCAACGGUGGUAUCUACCUUUACACACUGAUGGACUGGAACACCGCCUCAUGGGCGAUACUAUUGAUCGGUUUCGUCGAGGUUGCACUGCCAGCCUGGUGCUACGGAUGCAACAAAUUUCUCGGCAACAUUGCGGAAAUGCAAAUGUCAUUUGGGCGUAUACUCCACGGCUACUGGAAGUUCAGCUGGAUCGUGCUGGCGCCCCUCACCGCAUUGGGAGUCUUUGGAUAUCAGAUGACUACCUUCGAGCUCGCGUACUACGGACAUUACAAAUUUCCUCUUUGGGCCCAUUGGAUCGGAAUAUUGAUCGGAUUGACGACUCUCGCACCGCUGCCUAUUUUCUUUGUCUACGAAAUAUGGAAGGGACCGCGAGAUCGCAGCUUGUUCCGUCCAACGAAGAGUUGGGGCCCAGCCGAGAGGUGUCUCGAAAAGCCGGCUGAUCCGAGCAACGACGAAAAAACUAGUGUAAACGGCACGAUUUUUUGUACUGAACUUUGAAAUUUAGGCAGCUACGGUUAUACAUUGCGUGCCAUUUGGAGGUGUGCACCGUUUUUUCUUAUUUGCUUUAACGCGGCGCACAUGUCCCUCCGGGUAACGUAGUAGGUACCUACGGAAAAGUACCACUUCUUAUUAUAGUAUUCACAGCUCACGUAACCCUGCCCAUUUGGCUGCUCUACAAUUCAGCCUCUAAAUUGUGGCCACUUAUUUAACUGAGACGUAUAAUUAAGCGAGACCGAGAUUACCCAUUUAUUUGGUUAUUCCCGCUGGCACGCUUGAGACUUGGAGAUCCAUUUCUUUUUAUGGUGCUGCAGUGCUGUUUAACGCAUUUGAUUAUUUUUCGAAAGACACGAGAAAAUUUUAUCCUCAUUUUUAAUCCAUAAGAUCGAUGUUGUUUAAAGAUAUACUCCCAUCGAAUUUACGAUAUCGAAUCGUCAAUUUAUACGUCACUUUUGUCGAUAUUAUUUAAGCCAGUUCGUGUUGGUUGUUCACUCGCGUGUCCGAUGUACAGUUUCGUUGGUAAUUUUCUGUGAAAAAUUCUUUAUCGGCUGUUCACAUUUUUAGUAUUACAAAUAUGCAUUAUUCGGGAUCGCGAUUAAUGCCGACGGCGAUAUUUCAUUUUAAAUUUAUAUGUAUUGUUUGAAUGAUUUUCACUUUCAACUCAAACGAAAAAUGUCAAUAAAAAAAUAACUCACAGUUUCGUAUUCCAAAGUAUCGAUACUCGUCGACCUGUCAAAUUCUUUUCAAUUCCAUUUCCGUGCGAUCAUUUUUUCGUAACAUUCAAAAAUACAUUACAAAUCUUGAAACAAUAUAUAUUAACAAAUUUCGCACUAUACCAUUCGUGGUUGUUUCCCGAUCGUCUGCUUCUUACACUACUCGUUUUUUCUCACUCGUUUUUUCUUCCUUUUUUGUGUAAAUAUUGUAAGUAGUGUUGUACAUUUUUUUUCUCUCGUUUUUUUUCCAUCUCUACAUAUCGUUUUUUAUCAUAAUGAUCUGCUUAUUUAUGGGAAAUACGCGGUAAACAGGAUAUCCGAAUACUUAACCGCUGAGGCGGGCAUUUUUCGACUAUCCUAUUUCCUAUUAUUUUUAUCUCGUUUUCUUGAAUUUUUCCUCGUCAAUAUUUCCUACCUCGUUGUAAAUCGAUGCGGGGCAGAAUAACCUUCCCCGAGAGCGUAUAUGCACCACCACCGAAUUAUUAUCCACUCGCCUCUUUCAUGCAUUUUUAUAACUUGAUUGUGUACAGGAUAUUUCACCGCGGAGGUAGUAAACUAUUUGAUUGCCCAGUCUCCCAAUUCCAUAUUGUUAUUUUCAUUUGAUGUACACUUUUGAAGUACACCACAAUUCGGUGUAUGUGUUGUGAAAGAUGUGAUAAUAGUGGAUCGUAGGACAAAAAAUGUCAUCCCUGUUUCCGACAGUUUCGAAUUAUAUUGGCAAUUUCAGUGGAAAUUAUAUGUGUAAACGGUGAA